CCCUGUAGGCGCAGAGGACGCUACCUUCUCCGCGUAGUUUGCAGUGUUUGUGCGACUGCAGACGUGUGUCCGUCUGGUAAUACCGCUGCAUAAUUAAAAGUUGUCGAGGUGCCGCAGUUCCACAUCGUACAGUAUGAGCGCUGCCCGAGUUUUGAGCUUUGUGGUUGUAUUUCUUCUGUUGAAGUCUUCCGAAACUUUGGACAAGGAUAUGUCCCAUCUCGAAAUGGCAGCUCAGCGGGUAAGUGAAAUGAUCCACCGAUUGGAUUCUAUAAUCUUGCUAACCUACAUUUCUGUGCUCGUUAUUAUUGUGCUUACUUCAUGGUUAUUCAAACAUUAUCGGUUCAUGUUUGUGCACGAAACUGGUCUCACACUUUUCUACGGACUGUUAAUUGGUUUCGUGAUUCGUUAUUUUGAUAUCGGUUUGUUGCAUUCGCAAACCUUAGACGUCGUUUUGAAGGACAGCAGAGUGGUUGAGGAACCACCAGACUAUCUGAGGUUCGAGGUGAAACCAGAAGGUGCCCCAAAAGUAUCCUUUCAUUACGAAUUGAUGGAAGGAUUUUAUGCGGACAAGAAAAAACACAACGAGCAGAAAAUUGAGCAAAAAAGUGCUUUCUCGCCCGAAAUAUUUUUUAACAUCAUGCUGCCUCCAAUAAUCUUCAACGCGGGUUACAGUCUCAAAAAGCGGCAUUUUUUUCGAAAUAUAGGAAGUAUUCUUGCUUUCGUUUUUGUUGGAACGACUGUGUCCUGUUUUGCUACUGGCGCGCUCAUGUACGUCUUCACCGGUAUAUUUGGCAUGGGUUUUUCUUUCCAAGAGCUGUUGUUUUUUGGUGCAGUUAUUUCUGCUACUGAUCCAGUCACGGUUAUCUCGAUUUUCACCGAGAUGAAUGUUGAAGCAGAUCUUUUUGCGCUAGUAUUUGGUGAGAGUGCCCUCAAUGAUGCUGUUGCCAUUGUCCUAUCCACCACUAUCGAUGCUUUUUCCGUCGCGGACGAGGUCGGAACCAAUGAAAUCCUUCGCGCUCUUGGAAAAUUCGCUUACGUUUUCUUUGGUUCGCUUCUAUUGGGAUCAGUGCUAGGAUGCAUAAAUGCCCUAAUCACUAAAAUGACCGCAAUUUCCGAGCAUCCUCUCCUGGAAAGCAGUUUGUUCAUCCUGGUUUCCUAUAUUUCGUUCUUACUAGGUGAAGUUGUCGGACUGACCGGAAUUGUCUCAGUUUUAUUUUGCGGAAUUUCGCAAGCCCACUACACGUACAACAAUCUUUCGGAAGAGUCGCAGCGCACGACGAAGCAGUUCUUCCAUAUGAUCUCGUUUGUUUUGGAGAGCUUUAUCUUUUGCUAUAUAGGAGUCAGUGUGUUUGUGGCAAAUAAUCAAAAAUGGAAUCUUGGAUUUCUCUUCUUUGCAUUGGUAUCUAUCACUGCUGCUCGUGCUCUUUUUGUGUAUCCGCUGACUUUUGUCUUGAAUCUUCGUCGACGGCCUCGCAUUCCGCGCUCGUACCAACAUAUGCUAUUAUUUGCCGGAUUACGCGGUGCCAUGGCGUUCGCAUUGGCUGAUCGAAACACGGCCACUGACAGCCGACAGGUAAUCUGCUCCACAACUGCUGCUAUAGUCAUGGUUACCGUCUUCUUCAAUGGAGGCAUGACAUCGUGGAUGAUCGACUAUCUUGGAAUCAAGCAUGGUCCAUCAAUCGAUCGUCCUUCGGAUGCAGGCAAUGAGGUAAUCAGUUUUUCCCAAAUAUUGCUGCUUAAUUUGUGGAGCUGCCAAAGUGCAAAUGUUCCUUCUGAUGAUUCUAGUCCUUCUGCUUCUGUGAGUGUUGGAAAUCCAUGGGAGGCAGCCAACAUGAACGAUAGGUUGAUAAAUGUGGAUCCAUCCUUCCUCGUUUGA